CCCAAGCUCAGGGGGCUAGGCCAGGCCCUAGUUACCCGUUCCAUCGUUGUAACGCUUGAUGGAGUCGUCCCAUUAAUUCUCUCUUGACUUGGCCCCAAUCUCUGGGUCCGUCAUGAGAACUGUUGGCACAGUGCGCAGACUCCUCGGCUCCGCUUGCAGCAGGGCUCAAGGACUCAGGGACCCGGCAAGUCGCUCAGACGACCUUCAGAGCCGCAGAUUGUGAAUCCGCCGGAGUCUCAAGGUCGCUUCGUCAGAAGCGACGCCUCGACGACAAAGGAAUGUCGUCCAAUUAGCACAGCGAUGUUCGCCAAGUUACCUCAUAAUGAGUAUGCCAAUCGAACGAGUCCGGAAGAUCCACCUCUUUGCACACUGUGCAAGGUUGUAACAAAAUGCCGAGGUUCUGUCCGUCGCCGAUACUGAUGUUCGAAUCCUUUGCCGCGUGGAAGACGUAGGCGAGAUGGACGCGCCCGUCUGAGUAAGAUAUUCUCGGUUGCUGCUUCGGAUCUCACACGACGAUGCCUAAAUGGUCGCCCACUGCAGUCUGAAGAUUCUUGCCCAUAACGACAUCCCCGAGAUAUUACAGUGGAAAGGUUGGAACAUAUCCUUGUCACCUUGUGCUGACGGGAGGAGUAAGAUGAGUAGACAACACUCUUAGCGAAAUUCCAACAACUUUAGUGAGACAAGGAUAAUAUCUUAUGUUCAAAAAUAAUGUUAGUGGAUGUUAUGGCAGGAGCUACACCGAUUGGAGCGCAAGUUGAUCUCAUGUUAUCAACGAGAACAGUUGGGUAGAGGCCGAGAAGUAAAUGAAAAGCAUAGAAAGAAGUACAUGGAGAGCAGACUGCACAGAUUCAAGCUGCAAUUAGAGUUGCAGCUGGAUAUUCCUAGUUGCUCAAAAGUUUCCUCGCUGGAUAGAGAACCUCUGAUUAAGCCAGCUAUAUCCUACACGGGUUAUAGGCGCAUCAGAUUAUUGUACUCAGUCAGUUUCAUUCCCGAAAUGUUGAGGAAGGACAGAAGCUGAGGCCACAUGUUGCAUUGAGAAAAUUUAUAUAUGCUUAUAGAUGAUUCAACUCGAAGUUCUUAUAUUUAGAGAGAUGGCUAGAAACGAAAGCGGAAGUCGUCAACCAAAGGCUUUAGCCAAAUGAUCACAGGGUCGGAGUGCCCACUCUCCCUUUGUCGAACUUGUCCCUGCCCUAGAAUGCUUAUACUUUGGCAAAGUGGGUGGACUCUUGAGUCGCUGGGUGGAUGCUUUGACCUGAUCACGCAGCGUGUGCUCGCAGCCUCGAGCGGUUAGGAUUUACCGGUUUCAGUUGACUAUUCAAUAUCAAAUUUUGUGCGAUAGUUAU